GGCCCCUGAGCUGUGCAUAAUAAAGUCGCUUGCUCAGAAUGGUGAACAAAAUUGGAGUUCUCUUAGAAAGGAGGGAGAACAGGAAGGAUCAAUGUCUGCUUCAAAGCUUCACCCAGCCCACAGCUGGGAUUUAUUUGGAAAGUCACAGGAUGAAAAGUAAGUGGCUUCUAAGGUCUUUUCUACCCUGAGAAUCUAAGGAAUUACAUGAAGUCAAAGUGAGGAGACAUUUCCUCUGUCGGUACCACCUGCAGGUCAUGCCCUGACCACCGCUGCCCGUCAGGCGACUGGCCUGGAGCCACAGUCAGGUCAUCGGGCUGCUUGUCAAGGGUGGGGCAGCCGCGACUUCUUCCUCAUAUGCCCAGCCCGGUCUCUGCCUGGCACUCAGCACAGCCACGUCUCUUUCCAAGGAGGAGUCGCACGAGGAAGCCUGGGCAGCCAGACCCCAAGGACCGGGACACAGAGGGAGCUCCAGGAGAGUUCAAGCAAAGUGUGCUGCCUCUCCCAGCCCCAGAUGUGUAACUGAACGUGAGGCUUGCUUAUGGUUCUGAAACUGGAAGAAACUGGCACACCUGGAUGGCUACCCCCAACAGGAGAGCGGUCUCUAGACCCCAGAGACCCAGCCCCGGGCCAAAGGGGAGUGGGGCCCACCUGAGUCCCCCGGACAACCUGGAGUGUAAGGAGACCCAGGAGCUGGCGCCUGCAGAGCUGGCUGUGCUGAGGAAGGCACAGGAAUUUUUCCAGGCCUGUGAUGCAGAGGGCAAGGGCUUCAUCGCCAGGAGGGACAUGCAGAGGCUCCAUAAGGAGUUGCCCCUCAGCCUGGAGGAGCUGGAGGAUGUGUUCGAUGUUCUGGAUGCUGAUGGCAAUGGCUUUCUGACCCCAGAGGAGUUCACCACUGGAUUUAGUCACUUCUUCUUCGGCCAGAGUAAGCCAAAGCAGGAAGAUACAGGAGAAGAGGUGGCCCAGCUCCAGGAAGAGAAGGUGUAUCAGUCCCGAGGGGAAGAGGAUCUGAGUGGCAUGGAUGAAGAUGAGGAAGCCCAGUUCCAAAUGCUGAUGGACAAACUUGGAGCCCAAAAGAUGUUAGAGGAUGAAAGCAAUGUUAAACAGCUCUGGCUGCAGCUCAAGAAGGAUGAACCUCAUUUACUGUCUAGCUUUGAGGACUUCCUGACCAGAAUCUUCUCCCAGCUCCAGGAAGCCCAGGAUGAGAAGACGGAGCUGGAGUGCGCCCUGAAAAAGAAAAUAGCUGCUUAUGAUGAAGAAAUCCAGCAUCUCUAUGAGGAGAUGGAACAACAAAUCAAAAGUGAGAAGGAACAGUUUCUCCUAAAAGACACAGAGAGGUUUCAGGCCCGCAGUCAGGAGCUGGAGCAGAAGCUGUUCUCUAAGGAGCAGGAACUGGAGCAGCUGGUCCAGAAGCAGCAGCGGCUGGAAGGCCAGUGUGCGACCCUGCAUACUGACAAGCAUGAGACCAGGGCUGAGAACACCAAGCUGAAACUCACGAACCAGGAGCUGACUCGGGAGCUGGAGCAGGCCUCCCGGGAGCUGCAGGGUGCCCAGCAGCAGCUGGAAAGCCUCCAGCAAGAGGCCUGCAAGCUGCACCAGGAGAAGGAGAUGGAAGUGUACCGCGUGACGGAGAGUCUGCAGCGGGAGAAGUCGGGGCUUCUGAAGCAGUUGGAUUUCCUGAGGGAAAGGAACAAGUACCUUCGGGAUGAACGGGACAUAUGUUUCCAGAAAGAUAAGGCAGCCAAGAUAAACACAGCUGCUUCCAAGGCAGGCUGGAAACAGCGAUCUGGCUCUGUGAUUGGCAAAUAUAUGGACGCCCAAGGGAUUCUUAGGAGCCAGUCAGAGGAGGAAGAAGAUGUGUUUGGUGUCCCAAGGAAGAGAAGCUCCAUGGGCCUGAGCGGAUAUCCCCUUACCGAAGAGGAGCCUGGACCCAGGGACGCAGGGGCGGGGGGUCCGCCCCCCAGGGCACUCCGCAGAAUCAUCUCCAUUGAAGAAGACCCCCUGCCCCACCUCCUGGAUGGAGGCUUUGAGCGGCUGCUGAGCAAAUGCCCGGAAGAGGAGGAGGUCUUUCCCGCCAGGGUGGAAGGACAGACCCAGCAGGCCCACCCACCGGAGCUCACGCCCCCAUCUCCCCGAGGGCAGCCUGUAGGAAAAGAAGCCCUAUCUAAGGAGGAAGGCUGUCCCCUGACCCCAGACCGGAUCUUCAAGGUCGUGUUUGUGGGUGACUCUGCAGUAGGGAAGACGUCCUUUCUCAGGAGGUUCUGCGAGGACCGCUUCUUCCCGGGCAUGACGGCCACUGUGGGCAUUGAUUACCGCGUGAAGUCAGUGUGUGUGGACGGCUCUCGGGUGGCCCUGCAGCUGUGGGACACGGCCGGGCAGGAGAGGUAUCGCUGCAUCACCCAGCAGUUCUUCAGGAAGGCUGACGGCGUCAUCGUUAUGUAUGACCUCACCGCCAAGCAGUCCUUCCUGUCGGUGCGGCACUGGCUGAGCAGCCUGGAGGAAGCCGUGGGAGACUGCAUUCCUGUUCUUCUGCUGGGCAAUAAAGUUGACAACGAAAAAGAGCGGGAAGUUCCCCAGGGCCUCGGCGAGCAGCUUGCCAAGGAGAACAAUCUUAUCUUCUAUGAAUGCAGUGCCUGUUCUGGUCAGAACACCAAGGAGUCCCUGCUCCACCUAGCCAGGGUCCUCAAGGAGCAUGAAGACACAGUGAGGGAGGACACCAUACAGGUUCGCUGUGCUGCCAAGAAGAAAUCCUGCUGCGGCUGAGAGGAGCUGGCCUGGGACUGCUGCGCCCAGGCCCGAGGCCACAGGGCCUUCCCGGGUCCUGCAUGCGGGCUCCAGGGUGCCUGCUCCUGCCAUGGCCCAGACCUCCGUCCUCACCAGUGGGCUGCCUUACCCUGAGAGGAAGGGGAAACACUCGGGGAAGCUGUACCCGGACCCUUGGGAGUCUUCCCCCCAUUCUCGCUCUGGGCCCCACAUGCCCAUUCCUUUUCUAUUCCCAGCUUGGUUUCCUGGGGGAAAGAAACAGGUGGGCUUUUCAGGAAAAGCCACCACAUGCCUUCUCCCGCUCCCUUCUCCUCCCCUCGCCCUUGGGAGCCUCAGUGCAGCAGUUGCCUUGGCAAUGUUCAGGGUGGGCUUGCCGCUUCCUGUGGGCCAAAGACACAACUUGGGCAAUGCCAGGGAGGGUGGCCUUCCUUUGGCCUUCCUCUGGACAACGAUGGAAUGCUCUUGGCAUACGCUUCAUGGACCUUGGGGCGCCCACAUGGGGUUGUGAGAAGCAAAUCAGGGUGCCCUAGUUCAGUUCCACGCCCUGUCCCCAGGGGUCCUGCUCCUUCCCACGCUUCAGGGCCCAGCCUCUCAGCAGCCACUGUGCCCACGGUAUUUGCCCCCUUGGGGUCUCUGGAAUGGUGCCUUACAAAGAAACCUCAGCCCUUCCUCUCCACCACCCACCCACAUCCCUGGCUGCAAGGUAGACUGUGGGUGAUAAAUUCAUGCCUGGGGCUAGGGAGGGGGCUUCCUUCUACUUUGACUAAGAAUUAAGAAGAAUACUAGGGGGAAAAGCCAGCUGCUGCUGGAGGGUGUAAGUAAGGUAGCUGUGUAACAGCCAUGUUCCAAAUGUUUCCCAAAAUAGCUCUGAAAAAUCAUACAUGACAAUUAACGGCGUAGAUUAACGUGCAGCCAGUGCGGCCCAGCACCAGGUCCAUAGUUACUGACUUCUUCUUAUUUUAUUUUACUUUUUUCUAGAAGGCUGUAUUUAAAAAAAAAAAAAAUGUGCAGCUCUGCUGUGGACACUUUGCUGGGGUCUGAGAAGUGAACAGAGAAUAGCUGCAGGCUUCUGCACCCUCUGGAGGCCCCCUCACCCAUCCCUGGGAUCAGGGGCACUAUCCGGGCUGGUCCCUUCAGCUGGGGGGUGGUGAGUCCCAGCCCCUGGCAGGGGGCCAGCAUCACUGACUGGCUGUCGGGGGGCUGGGGAGGGCAUCCUUGCCCUGAGUGGGAGUUUGGAUGAAAAACCAUAAAGAUCACUGCCUAUUACCAUUCUAGGGCUACAGAUUCAGGUCCCCACAGAAACGUGGGUGGUGUCCACAUGUACAUGGCGCAUGCAGGAAGGAAGGGGGCAGAAAGUGUCCACAGGCCUCCAAGAAGAUGAUUCAAGAGAUCUGUACAUAGCCAGCCAAGUCUGGAAGAAGCCACUGGCCAGAGUUCCUAAGGGUUUUCCCUGCAUCUCCCACCUAGACUCCCCAAAGUGUCAGAACCCCAUGAGUCACCAGGCAAGCGCCUGCUCCCUUUGUGCAGACUUCUCUCUCUCAUCCAGGGCUUGUAGGUAUCAGGGAGGGCAUCAAGGGUGCAGAACAAAAACCAGCCCUGAGUACCAGGAGGGGUCCCGUGAUCUUGGCCAAGACAGCUCCCUCCCUGAGCCCCCAUCUCAUCAGUAAAAUGAAGGGUGGGCUCUCCAAUGCUUUGGCCUCUUCCGGCUCAGUGCUUAUGAUGACAUAUCCAUUUUUCAGCGUAGCCUGGCCCUGUCCAGUUUGAAGGGAACACACAGGAAACUCCUUCCCCUAAGAGGCAGCCCUGGUGGUAGUCUCAUUAGUGCAAUGCAGGGUAUGCAGGCUCACCCAGAAGCAGCUCUCCAAUAUCCAUGUGCGCAUGUGCUGCUGUGUGAGGGUGUGGUGGUGUGUGUGCAGGACAAGUAGAAGGAUGGGACAGCCAUGGAGAAAGUGAACCAAUUCCCCUGCUUCUGUCCAAAAACAGAGAUGGCAAUUGGAAUUUAUGGGGUAAGCAGGCUAUAUCUGGGGUUUCCCAAGCCCACAGAUGCCUCUAUCCCCAAAUGCCUAGUGCCCGGCUUGGACUAGGUAUUUUCCAUUUAGGAAAAGUGCAUUGAGGACUUAAUGCAGGGCAGGAUGACCUUAGUGCCUGGCCUUCCAGCAUGUAGGGCAAACCCCACAAAUCUAUAAAGGUACAGGCAGGGGUGCAGGCCUCUGCUGUUCCUUUCUCCAACCCCACUUGAAGCAAGUAUGGAGGUUGGGAUGUUAUAGGGACUCUGAGAAUCCCUGUGUCCCCAGGUCUCAGCCUCCCCUUCUUUGCCUGUUGCUUUUAAGUUACCAUGGUGAUCAAAGCCACCCCUGUGGCUGUCAGCCUGGCCCAGGGCCUGGCAGAGUGCUGUCAGAAAACCCUUCUGGGUUCCGGCCCAUUUACAUUGCUGUAAUGAUCUUAAGCAAGUUGCUUAACCAGGUUUCAUGUUCAUCUGUAGCCUGGAGAUUUCAGUGUCUACCUCACAGGGAAGUUUUAAGUAUUAAAUGAGGCAAUGUACAUGAAGAACUUAGCACAGUGCCCCAUAUAUAAUAGAUGCUAACAAGUAGGGGCAUUACUGAUAUAAACAUCCAGUUGCUUCCAUGACUAUCGGCAUCGCUUCAGUUUCAGAUUUAGAACUAACACUCACUAAGCAUCUACGCAUAAGUGGGCAACCCCACAGACACUACCUCCUUUGAGUGCCCAGUUGCCCAACCUAUUUGCCUGGCAUAUGAGGUCAUUUCAGCAUUAUCUCUUGGUCUUGUUCUCCUUUGUUCUUACAGACUUCCCACUUUUCCAGCUGGUACCAAGGUCCUACCAGUGUCUGGCUUCAGCUCACAAUACAGCCUCCCUGUCUGCCUGUGGUUCUCAAGGACUCAAGACCUGGUGCCAGCUCCUCGGUGUUUACCUAGGAAUGGCAUCCUUGGACACACACUUGCUUCCUUAUUCUGAACUCCUUGUGCUUCUUCAGGGGUCUGCUACUGCCCUCAGCCCUGAGCUGCCAAACCAAGAGUUCUAGCACCAAAUCAAAGCCCUAGUUGCUUUGCUUCUUGUCUAACAUUUAUAUCCCUUCACAGUUUCUUUGGGGUCUUUUCUGUUCCUUGGUGACAUCCUAGAUUUCUCCUACUUCUCCCCAUCCUGUAUUCUUUCUCUGUUCUUAGUAUUUCUACCCAGUCUUCCCUGCUCUGUCCCUGGGCUCACUCCAGGCCAUACUUGUAUAUUCAAACCUUUGUCUCAGUUACUAAGAGUCAUUGCUCUAAAGGAUCUUAAACCAAUUUCAGCUAAGGUGUUAAUGCAAAUGGUGACUUAAGGGCUAUAUUUAUAUUUUAAUGAAGAACUCUAAGGGAGGAAAAUUUCAACCCAAAAGAAUGAAUCUUUAGUGGUCAUAGGGGUCAAAUAUUUAAAACAGAGCUGCCUUCCAUAUUCCGCUUAAAGACCUCAGUUAGCUUCAGGUACUUGGGGAGUCUAUUUCUAUAUCAAUAAUGUUUAUAAUUGUUAUGUCUUCUUUAUGAACUGACUCUUUAUCAUUAUAAAGUAUUCUUGUCUAUAGUAACAUUUUUUUUUAAGUCUGCUUUGUCUGAUAUUAGUAUACCCACUCCAGCUCUCUUUUGGCUGCUGUUUGCAUGGUAUCUUUUUCUAUCUUUUUACUUUCCAGCUAUUUACUGCCUUUGAAUUUAUAGUAAGUCUCUUCUAGACAGCAUAUAGUUGGGUCAUAUAUUUAAAUCUGUUAUUCCAAUCCCUGCCUUUUAAGUGGAAAGCUUAGUCUGUUUACAUUUAAUGUAAUGGGUAAAGUACAAUUUAUGUCUGCCACUUUGUUAUUUCUCUUGUAUAUCUCAUGUCUUUUUUGUUCCUCUAUUCUUCUAUUACUGCCUUCUUUUAUGUUAAAUAAUUAUCUUCUAGUGUACUAUUUUAAUUAUCUUGUUAUUUCAUUUACUACAUAUUUUUUAACUUAUUUUCUUGGUAGUAACCCUGGGGCGGUGUGUGUAUGGGGGUUACUAUUAAUAUCUCAGUUUAUAACAAUGUAGUUUGGAUUAAUACCAACUUAAUUUCAAUAGUACACAAAAAUCCUCCCCCCUUAUGGUCUUAUAGUCACAAAUUAUAUCUUUAUGUAUUUUGUUCCCAUCAACAUAGAUUUAUGCUUUAUACAGUUGUCUGAAUCAGAUAGAAAAAAAGGAGUUACAA